AUGGCUUCCACAGAAACGGUUGUCACAACCUCCUAUCUCCUCGGGAACCUGCACUGCCCGACUUGUGUCACUUUGAUUCGCUCCCUCUUACACGAUGCCUUUGGCGACAAUGUACUCUGGGUUUCCCCAAAUCUCGUUACCUCCGUUGUUACAGUCGAGCACAAAGAGAACUCCUCGGCUUCGGUUGCCAGCAUGCAAAGGGUCCUUCAAGACGCUGGCUUCGAAGUCUGCGGCCUCAAUACAACCGCCAAAACUGCGAAUGAUCUCUAUCGCACGUCCCAGGUGGAAGGGGAGAGUAGCCGUGUCGCCGAGCAUUCCGAUGGCUGGUUGGAUUCCUUCUUUCACUUUUGGCGCCCACAAGUAUCACCUCUAGCGAUAGAGGCCGCUCGUGCUGCUCACCUCGAAAAUUGUGAAGCAUGUAAAUCCGAGAAAAUCCCCGGAAAGUCACCAUCUGAUGUCAAGAAAGAACUAGUUCGGGUUUCUUCUGUCGUUUCCGAUACCCCUACCAGACGUUCUUCUCUGCCGUAUCCCCUCCAAAAGGUGAUUACAGCAACAUCCCCCACUCCAUCAUGGCGAGUUACGCUCUCUGUUGGCGGCAUGACAUGUGCUGUUUGUGUCAACACAAUCACGCAAGAGAUGGAGAAGUUUCCCUGGGUCACAAAGGUCUCUGUCAACCUCGUUUCUAACAGCGCAACCAUCGAAUAUACAGGUGGUGAUCGAGAACAAGAGAUUGUUGAUGCAGUUGAGGACCUCGGAUACGAUGCUGCAAUCGACGAGGUUGUCAAUCUACAAGAGAAAAAGGCUCAAGCUGAUGAGCGUGAGGUCGAAGUGAGUGUCGACGGCAUAUUUUGCCAGCGAUGCCCAGAGCGAAUCGUCACAACCCUUAAGGCUCUUGCCCCAGGUCGACUCCAAAUCCUCCAGGAGCCUACCAUUCAGAAUCCUAUUCUAAGACUCAGAUAUACACCUGAUGCUCCUAGAUUUACAAUCAGGCAGAUCUUACAAGCCAUUGAAGCAGCCGACGACUCCCUCAAAGCCUCCAUCUACCAUCCUCCCACACUCGAGGAGCGAUCUCGAAUUAUCAGAGCCAAGCAUCAGCAAGCUCUAUUGUAUCGUGUGAUCCUUACCCUCAUCUUCGCUGUCCCUACCUUUGUUCUCGGCAUAGUUUACAUGAGCCUGCUGCCAGAUUCCAACCAUGAAAAGAUGUUCCUCAUGGCACCUUGGGUUUCCGGGCUCAGCCGCCUCGAUAUCAGUCUUUUCGCGCUUGCUACGCCGGUGUACUUCUUCGCCGCUGAUGUAUUUCACGUCCGAGCAAUCAAAGAAGUUCGAACAAUGUGGCGAAGGGGAAGCCGCAUGCCUUUAAUUCAGCGCUUUUACAGAUUUGGUAGCAUGAACAUGCUUGUUUCACUGGGAACAAGCAUAGCCUAUUUCUCCUCAGUCGCACAGAUGAUUGCCGCAGGGACGUCUCGGAGAGAGCAUCAUAAAUCUAAAGCCGAGAUGUAUUUUGACUCUGUGGUUUUCCUGACGCUGUUCCUUCUCCUAGGAAGGCUCAUCGAGGCGUACAGUAAAUCCAAGACUGGCGAUGCAGUCGAAAUGCUAGGCAAGCUUCGUCCAACGACAGCUCUCCUCCUUGGAAAAGACAAGGCUGGGGGCCAGAUCACUAGCACCGUGCCUGUUGAUCAGCUUGACUCUGGAGACAUAAUUCGUGUGCCUCAUGGCGCAUCCCCUGCUGCCGAUGGCAUUCUUGUCAGUGGAGAAACCAACUUUGACGAAUCGAGCCUCACUGGAGAAUCUCGGCUCAUCAAGAAGACGGAAGGAGACCAAAUCUUUGCUGGGACAAUCAAUAAGGCAGCAGCCGUUACCAUGCGUGUCACUGGCGCCUCCGGGCAAACGAUGCUAGACCAGAUCGUUCAAGUUGUGCGCGAAGGUCAGACAAAACGAGCACCAAUCGAACAGAUCGCCGACCUUCUGACUGCCUAUUUCGUUCCCGUCAUCACUCUUAUAGCAAUCUUCACCUGGAUCAUCUGGAUGGUGCUUGGCUUUUCCGGUAAGGUCCCAGAACACGAGGAGUCCUCUGAUGGCGACUCGGUAGUGUUUGCCCUCCAGUUUGCCAUUGCCGUUUUUGUUGUUGCUUGCCCGUGUGGCCUCGCACUUGCAGCACCCACAGCCAUCUUUGUAGGCGGAGGUCUUGCGGCUAAGCAUGGUAUUCUUGCCAAAGGUGGUGGUGAAGCGUUUGAGAAGGCGAGCAAAAUUGAUUGCGUUGUCUUUGACAAAACGGGUACUCUCACCGAGGGAGGACAGCCGAAGAUCACCGAUUCUGUACUCUUCCCUGACACUUCGUCAAGUGAAGAGGAACGCAGCGCUUUUCUGUCAGCACUCAAAGCUGUGGAAGAGAGCAGCAGCCAUCCCAUAGCCAAAGCAAUUGUCUCAUUCUGUGGUGACGCUCUGGCUAGUAAUGUUGAGAAUCUCGAGGAGUUGGCUGGAAGAGGUAUGAAAGCCUCAUUCAAAGGCUUUGGCAAUCAAGAGAUGGACAUGAUUAUCGGCAACGAACUUCUCAUGCGAGAAUUUUCAGUAAACUUGUCAACUCACAUCGCUUCACUUCUCGGUACCUGGAAAUCCGAAGCCAAGUCAGUUGCUAUUGUCGCCACGAAAGCAUCAUCUGCCGAAGCCUGGACACUUGCCGCAGCGUUGUCCAUCUCGGAUCCGAUCCGUCGUGAGGCCAUUCCUGUCAUCCGAGCGUUAAUUUCUCGUGGUCUUCAGGUAUGGAUGUUGUCUGGUGACAACGUUACCACCGCCCGCGCGGUGGCGCAGCGCGUUGGCAUACCCUCGUCUAAUGUUCUGGCUGAGGUUCUCCCAUCGGACAAGGCAGCUAAGAUCUCAUCUCUCCAAGCCUCUCUCCACGCACGCGGCUCAACGACCAAACGCGCUACUAUCGCCAUGGUCGGGGACGGAAUCAACGACUCGCCCGCGCUCACGACGGCCGAUGUGGGCAUCGCCAUAGGAACGGGAAGCGACGUAGCCAUUAGCAGUGCGGCAUUCGUGCUCGCAACGUCACAGCUUACGGCUGUAGUCACGCUCUUGGAUCUCAGCCGCGCCGUCUUUCGACGGAUUCGUGUCAACUUUGCGUGGGCACUUGUGUACAACAUGCUUGCCGUGCCCGUUGCGGCUGGGUGCUUCUAUGCGAUCAAGACAUCAAGUGGAGAACGCGUAAGGCUGGAUCCGGUGUGGGCGGCUCUCGCGAUGGCUCUAUCAAGCAUCAGUGUAGUGUUGAGCAGCCUGAGCCUUCGGAUUCGGGUUCCUGGAGUGGGAUUUCGCUCUCGCAAGGUUGAAAUGGAGGAGCAGUAUUAG